UGUGCGUGAAAUUCAAACUGUAAGCAGCAGUAAUGGCAACGAUUACGACAAUUACGAAAAGUGGUCCCGGUCCGGCGCCCGCCGUUCCCACGACGGCACAGUUCAAGAGCCAUGUCUACUCGAAGUACCGCGAGCUGCUCGGCUCGUACAAUGACAAGGCGAACGAAAUACUGCAGACGUAUCCCGCGUACCGUGUCCGGGAGGAUGCGGGAUUUGCCCUCGGUGGGGACACCUACGGUGGACCCCCGCAGUCGACGAUCGGCAAUUCGGCACGUCGGUUACAGGCACAGCUACCGGCAGAACCACCGGCCUGCGUACAGAAUGCCAUGAUGCGGCGGGAUAAGCAACCAUUCACCUACACACCGGGCGGUAUCGAUCUGUCCCAGAUCAAGUCGCCUCGCAUGGCGAAACGAAUAUCCAGAAACGCCAACUCGGAAGGUGUCACCGGUCAGCCCAAAGUGUCUCCAUUGGCACAGAACAAUGGUUCCAGUCACAACGGCAACGGCACCAGCAAUGGAGGGCAGAGUUCCGUGUCACCGGCCGCAACGCUCGGUGCAGCAGCUAUGGGUAUGCCCUUUCAGGUAUUUCCUACAGGACCUCCGGCACCGCCACCACCUCCACCACCAACCGGUCGAGUAGUGCCGGCGAACGGUGGUAACAGAUCGAUUCCUCCGCCGCCUCCUCCGCCCGGUCCGGGACCUUCGCAACCCAAGGCAAGUAGCUCGGAUGCUCGGAAAUCCCCCAGACCACAGAGCUUCGAACCACCGCCGAUGGGUAUGCGGCCUGAAAUAAGGAUUCCCACGAAUCCGAUGGCAGGCCUGCGCAAGGCGCCCAGACCGCAACCCAAAAAUGACUUUUGGAUUGAGGAGUACCGGCGGGAGAAGCAGCAGGAUGCACCGCAAAUUCCCCGACCUGUGCCACCCAGCUACAGCUACACGAACAGAGAUCUAGACGACGAAGUUGCUAAGAACACAUUCAAUCGCACAGACGAGCUCACUGUACGUGGUGAUCCAUUGGCACAGCAGAAACGAUCACCAAGCCCAUCCAAUCUAACUAUACCGCUCGAGAACGGUUCUCGCGGAUCAUCGUCGAUCAAAACCCCGCCCGUGUACGGACAGAGUCCGGUACCGGCAAACCUUCCACCACCGAUCACACCGACUAAAGUGUCCCCUAGCACGCAACCAUCGCCAACCACCAAAGAUACCCCACUACCGCCACCACCACCCCCACCAGUGCGCCCCAAACCAUCACUCUCGCCUGUGUCCACGAAUCAGUCCACUAACAGCACCACACUACAGUCGGGCGGAAGCGCUGGCAAGGAUCAAACCGGCGCAGGCGUCAAGAACACGACCUCGGGUGGGUUUGGUCCAGUUGCUCAACCACCUCCACCACCACCCCUACCCUCCACAGCACACAAAGACUCACAGUCGUCCGCCUCGUACGGUAUGUCUCCAUCCGCUUCAUCCACCUCAUCCACUACCGGUCCCACAUCAUCCGGCUCGCCAUCAUCACCGUCGGCCAAACCGACGAGCACACAGAGACCCGCCGCUCAGGCCCUUGGAUCACUCUAUAUACCGCCGAUACACGAGGUGUUUGCCAAUAGUAAGCAAAGUCUCUUAACCCAAGCGAGUCCACCAUGGAUGUCGUCGCGGCACAAUAGCCUGAAGGAGCAGCCCGAAUGGGUGCACAAGGACGAGCUAGAUUCGGCCACAGCGAACAGUAACGGUAGUGCCGGCGGUCAGCCACAGUCAAACGAACGACAGUCACCGCAGUCACAGCUGCACGAGCAGCACAAACCACAAACAUCAGUGUCGCAGAGGGCGCCGAGCGCCCCGAAGGAGAGUGUUCCGUCCACUACUAAAACCGUUGAUUCUAUCGUCACAGCACCGACACCCGUGUCGGCUAGACCGUCGCCGUCCGGGCCGUCGCAACAGCUCACACAGACCAACAUCAGACCAGCGGCGGCCGAUGUGUCCGUCCCGGUUCACCAACCGUCUACUCCGGUGCAGUCGGCUCAGCAACAGCAUUACGCCCAGCAGGGCGGCCAACAAGCGGCCCGGUCGACAGGGCCCCCGGUGGCCGUAGUGUCGCAGUCCACGGUUACGAUGCCCGUUAACCGUGGCUAUCCACAGCAAGCUCCAGUGUACGCACAGGCUCAACCUGCGUACUCGACGCAGUCGCCGGCAGGACCACAGAAGGAACGUAUUAUACCGAUACAGAUUGAAAAGUCUCCGGUGCAAGCACCAGCUACGGUUCCGAACUUUGCACCACCGCCCUACUACAGCCCCAACGCACAGUACGGUCCGGCCAGUGGCAACAGCAGCAUGCAGUCUCCACUUUCAGUUGGAUUUGCGACACCGCACAGUGGAUUCACGACACCGACGGCCAUGUUUACCAACCCGAACCAUUUCGUGAACCAAGGCUACAACAACAUCAGCUACCCACCGACACCGACCGGGCAACCGCAGCCACAUCCACUGUACCAACAUCAUCAGCACUAUGUCCCACCACAAACGCCUCCCGUACUUCACCACCCGAUGCAUCCACCUCAGCAGCCUCAGCAGCAGCGAACGCCGACUCAGCAACAAUCAAAUGUGACCAACGUGCGCAUCGUACCGAUCAAGGUGGAGGGAGGCGAACACACUGUGCGUGGACCACUGUCCAACACUCCGGCCAUCAUUCAGAGUGGUGAACGUAGCUACGUCAUACACGAUAUCCCGCUAGAAGCUAAGCUUCGCUUUCUUAAAAAUAGACUCAGCGAUCCUCGAAGCAGCAGCAACACUCAAUCAUGGAAUGGCAACAGUGCACCGAAUCAGUCUCGUUCGUUCCGAGUGCUGCAGCAAAUCACGGACACGCUGGAUGAGGCGGAGGCCGAAAAGAAUGCAAAGGAUCAAACCAGUGGCAGCAGCAGCCAGUCAGCCGCUACCGAUCCGACCGACGGCAACGGCAAACAGCAGCAGUCGUACGGACGUUCAGCCGGUCCAACAAACGCGGCUCAGCAGCAAGAUAUGGCAGAAGGACAGCUGCGUCGAUUACAGCUCAGCAACGAAGAUAAGGCUCUGAUGAAUAGAGUAAAAAAUCAAGUUGACGGAGAAGUUUAUCUCCAUAACGAAGAAGAUCCUCGUUACCGCGGUGCCGCCAUACCGUCCAAAGCGUUCAGGUAUCUGCAGAACAUGACCGACAGUGGUCAAGCUGCGAACCAAAGCAACAACGGCUCUGGAAAUCGUACCCAACAAAUGUUCAACCGCGGUAACUACAACGACUCAGAUGGAGAUACACAACAACAGCAGUAUGUGCCACCGAGCGAACAAAAGGUGGAAGAACCAAAGAAGUACACCGGCGGUUCCAUCCCGAGCCGUUCGUUCAAGAUGCUCCAGGCAAUGACGGACGCACCAGCCGAUCCAAAUUCCUCCGACAGUGAGGGUCCUAGUGUAAAGCUGCCUCACGGCAGUGGCACAGACAUUCGAUAUUCCCCGUACCCCUUUCCCCCGCAACCCUACUUCUGCUGUCCUAAUCCUAAUUGGCACUAUUACGAUCCCACCACUAACCCUCAGUACUAUCCACCCCAUCAUCCACCACCACCACCACCACCCCAUGCACCCGGGUACUACUAUCCGCCCAUACCUCCACCACCGCCCGGACACUACGAUCGGGGCGGUGGAUAUUACGGUGGGUUUAUGUCUCCGCAUCACUUUUAUUACGCACAAGAACCGUGUUCGCCGUGCACACCGCCACCGUACUAUCAGCUCAGCCAACCGCAGACUGCCUACUGCGAGGCAAUGCCGAGCGAGGCGAUCCACACGUACGUGAUCACAACGCCUCCUCCGCGUAUCGUCGUUACCCCGACGCCGGACGAUUCAUGCUCCGACAGUGAGCUGCAGGCGAUCAAAGAACAGUUGGGCGAGCUGCGCGAUGUGCCCGGCGAGUUUGCCGGGGUUGAACCGAGCGACUACGGGGGUCCGAUCCCUUUGACACGCUCCCAGUCUAGUCUGAAGAGGCUGUCGGAGCGGUUGACUAAUUUUAACAACGGGUUCGGUGAGCCAGAUGGCAUGACCAAAUCCCCGGUGCGUUGUUCGCCGUGCUCGCCACUGAACGAGCGGUAUCGUACGUACGAGGAAAGUACUUCUUCCGUACCUUCGUCUCAGUCUGAGGCUUCAGACUCGGAAGACGAAGGUACGACCAAGUGUAAGCUGGCGAGCAGGAGUCAGGCGCUCCACAAUGGCCACGUCAAUGGAACUUUGUGCAAGGAAAAAACUCCUCCAAAGAAGGAGGACAGAAAUGUCGAUGAUGAUGAUGAUGAGGAAGCUGAGGAUGAAGAAGAGGAAGAGGAGGAGGAAGAAGAAAGUGAGGAUGAGGAAACGGUUGAGUACGGUGCUAAAGAUGUACCACCGGUGGAUGAACAUUUGCCACACCAGCUGAGCGUGAUCUUCGAGGAGGAAAGCAUGUAUGGACAGUCGACCGUAGCGAGCAGGCGGACCAGCGUAUGUAGCAACAGUUCCACGCUGAGCGAUUGCUCGUCUACGCUUGCCAACGAUCUGGACGAUGAAAAGGAUGAGGACGGUCAACCGAGCGGCAAUCGUACCGACGAUGACAUUGACCGUCUCGAUGAUACGGAUAUGGAAAAGUCCCUGGUUUCGGUGCGUCUUCCGCUGAAGCUCUCGUUUAGUAAAUCGCCCAACAAUGAGGAUAUUGCAACGCUGGUCGUUGGAGAGAGUGAAAUUACGGGAUCGAAGGAGAAGUUGACUGGUGGUAGUCGGGCUAAUCAAGCACGCGAGGAAGAUAGCGGCGAUGAGAGUGACACUGAGGAAGAGGAUGAGUCUGAUGAGGGUAGCUCAGGCGAAGAAACUGACACUGAAGGAGAGGAAAAGAAGACGGAAGCUGCCAGUGUUAAAGAAAAUCAGUCAAGCGAUGCAGACACGGAUGUUACGGUUACGAUCACUAUACCAUCGCUUUCGAGUAAGGUUAAACCGAGUGAACGGGAGAGAGUGAGUUGUUCCGAAGCGGCAAAGCAUGAAGCACCGACCAAAGCUCCAUUUAAAAUUGACUAUGAAGAAGCAUCGGAAGUAUCGGUGUCUGUUUCGUUGCCGCUAAAGCCGAAGGGAAAUUCUGCGACCGAUAUUACGAAGCAACCGGAACAGGAUGGACCAUCGGACGAGAAGUUACAGCAUGAAGUUAAUGACACUGAAGCUGGCGGAGAAGAAGAGGAGGAGGUUGAUUUUUGGAGUCAGAUUGGUGAUGAAGACGAUUACCAACGACCGGUGCGAUCGUACUCACGUGACAUGUGGAGCAGUCGAGAGUUUAGUGUUGAUCGGCAGAGCGUGUGGAGUCAGGAUGCGGAGGAAGAUGAGGAAGCGAGCACUACUGGUACGACCGACUUUUGGAGCGCUGAAAACGGUCCCACAGAGGCAUCAGAUCUGUGGAAAUUUGAAAAGCGUAAUUCAUCACCUCCAGUGAGUGGUGAAAAGGGUACAACGGGACGAGAGGACAGCAAGGAUUCGUUGGAAUAUUGGCAGAAGGAAAACGAACGACUAGUGAAGGAUCUGUACGAACGUCGAGCAAGUGAAAUGGGAUGCCAGGCAAUUACGGCAAGUGUUAUCGUAAAGGAUGAAAAUAAUAACAAAACGUGUGUGACACAGGACACUAUGGGUGGGGUACAAACAGAACUGCAGAGCGAUCGUAAGACUGAAGAUCACAGUGAGGAAGAGGCGGAAGAUGGUUCGGAUUCCGAGAGUGAUAAUGAAAGUGAAGAUUAUGAAACGUCCAACACGUCGAAGGAGGAUUCAGAAGCGGAACAGGACGUUGGUGAGGCUUUAGCGAAACAGAUGGAUAGUAAUGACCUACUGAAAAAGCCGAAAGAUGAUUCGAUAUUGCAGCCGGUGAACGGUUCUGCUAAUAGUAAAGGUGCCAGCAUGACGCAAGACGACGCAACUGUUCUAGACAAGUUGGAAAGAGAUAAAAAGCUAUCCGUGAAGGAACGGAUAUCCUUGUUCGAGACGCAGGCUGUAGGUGUUCCUUCGCUGGAGGUGACCCCGAAUGCCCGCGGUACCGUCACCCCUACGACGGGUAACCGUUUAAGGCCUCUAUCCCGUCAGAGGCAGUUCUGCGAAGAGUCCGAGGCGGAAGACGAUUCCGGCGUUACGUCGGACAUGAGCAAACACAUCUCAGAGGUGGAGACGGACUCCGAGUGCUUCCCGGAGAUGCGCAAGAUGACACGGUAUCAACGUGCGGCCACACAUUCCAGGUUAUUUAAGCUUUUGCAGGACGAAAGUAACAACGGUGAUAGCGAGGACGAGGAGGAAGCCAGUGAAGAUAAUAGUAAGGAGCAGGAGCAAAAACGAAGCAGCAUCAAGCACGAUACAGCAAAGCAAAGGGAAGAAACUGCGGUACGUUCGAAGGUGGCCACCACCAGCACGAUCGUGAAUGGCAGUCGCAAGACGCCGGAAGAGUGCGCAAUUGUAGCGAACGGGGCGGAGGUAAGACGCGAUCGACUAACGCUCCCCAUCAGCCAUCAAUCGUCGUCGGGCAACGACAGUCUGUCUUCGUCCACCUCCUCAGCGUCUCCUGUAUCAGGAACUCUGCAGAACGAGAAACUUGCCGAAGAGCUAGUACAAAGUUUAUUGAUGAAAAAGAAGGGACGCUUGUUCCGGAACCUGCCACUGGAGAAGCUGCACGCUGCCGCACUGAAGAUACUGCAGGAAGAUCUAGAAUCGAAUGGCACGAUCAGCUCGACCGAGGACAACAUGGUAACGGUUGAUUCGACGCCGGCACUAACACCACAAGAGUUUAAAAGCGAGUAUCCCACGUCGUACGCCGAUUACUACGACACGUGGUGUAGCGAUGCGGUGCAACCAAACGGUUGCUACUCGGAUACCGGUUCCGACUGUGGGAUGGUAAAGAUGUUCCGCACAGUGCCGGAGCAUCAGCUAGCGCUCGCCAAGAAAGAUUCGCGCAUGAACGCCGGUAACGGUCACUGGUCACCGCGCUGUCCACGGGUAUUUAGUAACAAGAAUGUUCCCCGACUGAUGGGCGUACGGGAGUCGGAAAUUGUGGAGCAAUCGUCUACGCGCGGCUCACGGCCACCAUCUCGGGCAUCCAGCAAUCGAUCGCCGUUCACCGUAAUUACACCGGCUCCCGGGUUGUUUAACGCUGGCAGUCCUAUGGACGACUGUCCGAACCGUGCAACGGGUGCUAACCGUCAGUUUAAACUGCAGUAA